AUGGCUCUGAUAACAAUAUCCGGAUACCCAUGCUCGGGGAAAACUCGACGUGCAGAGAUGAUCAAAGUCUUCCUCGAAGAUCGUCUCAAAGACCCAUCCUACGCCGGUCCGGCGCUCAAGGUCGUCUCUAUCUCGGAUGAUACUCUAGGUCUGGACAGAAGCGCUUACGAUGACAGUCGGUCAGAGAAACCAGCCCGUGGCGCUCUCUUCACGGCGAUGCAGAGGCAGAUGGGUCAGGAUACGUUGUUGAUCGUGGAUGGGAUGAAUUACAUUAAAGGGUUUAGGUAUCAGAUGUAUUGUGCGGCGAGAGAGUUCAAGCUGAGGGUUUGCACUGUACAUGUCGUUGCGCCACCCGAAUCAUGUAAGAGAUGGAACGAGGAGAGACAGGAUGGGAAGGCGUAUAAGCCCGAAACUCUGGAGAAUCUGAUCCAACGAUACGAGGAACCGUCGUCUAUGGUCCGAUGGGACUCGCCCCUGAUUACUGUGUUGUGGGAGGACGAGGUUCCUACGGAUCAGAUAUGGAAGGCAGUCAUGGAGGGUAACGUGAAGCCUCCAAACGCUGGGACACAAGCUGUCGCCAAAGCCCCCAGCUCCGCCCUGCACACCCUCGAACAAACAACAACGGCCCUGCUCUCCCUCAUCAUCUCCUCCCCAUCUUCCGGCGGCCCCACUACUCUCACCCUUCCCAAUUCCGACAAGACACCCUCUAGGAUAACGAUAUCGAUGCCGCCACGGACGGUCACGCUAUCAGAGCUGCAGAGGCUGAAAAGACAGUUCGUCACGGUGCAUAAGAAGGCGAUCACGCUCGGGACGGUGGAGAAGGGGAGUGUGGAUUGGAGCGAGGAGAGUGUGGCGAGGAAGUUUGGGGUUUAUUUGGAGGAGAAUUUGAGGGGAUGA